AUGCUCCAACUAUCCACCGACCAUUCCUUCCACUUCGAGCUCCUCCGCGUGCUUGCCAUAGCCCCCUAUCACGGCUCAGAUAUUGGCGAAGUCUUAGAAGCCGCCGGGAAAAUCGAACCUGGCAGUUUCGAAAGCUUCUAUUCCGUCUUCAACUCCCUAGCAGAAAACGUCCUCGCUCGUGGAGAAGCAAUUGAUUCUUCAAAAUACCCAAUCUCAGCCCGUGAUGCCUAUUUCGCAGCAUCCACGUAUUUCCGCUCUGCAGAUUUCUACCUGCAUGGAAAGAAAGAUGAUCCUCGGAUCAUGGCAUUGUGGGAGAAGCAGACAUACGCAUUUGAUAAAGCAAUUGCGCUGUUGCCAGUCCCUGCUAAGCGAUUGACGUUGAAAGCAGAUGGUUUUGAUGUGCCUGCUAUUUUCUACGGCGCCGGAGGCGAGGGGAAGAAGCCAACUAUUAUUUUGGGGAAUGGGUAUGACGGCGCUCAGGAGGAGAUGCUGCAUAAUUGCGGAUUUGCAGCAUUGGAAAGGGGUUGGAAUGUCAUCACGUAUGAGGGACCAGGUCAACCUACCGUUCUCCGAAGUCAGGGGCUCGGCUUUAUAGCUGAAUGGGAGGAAGUUGUUACACCUGUGGUGGAUUAUUUGGAGACCUUGCCGGAGGUGGAUAUGACGAAGGUAGGACUGGUGGGAUUUUCCAUGGCAGGCUUUCUCUGUGUGAGAGCAGCAGCUUUUGAACAUCGUCUUGCGGCUGUUCUUGCCAUUGAUGGCGUGUAUGAUGUCGCGGAAGCUUUCCUAAAUGUACUCGGCCCAGCCCUGAAAGGAUCUAUCGAUAAUGGCGAUUUUGUGGCUGCAGAGCCUAUAUUUCGGGGGAUGUUGGCCAACCCCCACCUCCCUACCGCAGCAAGGUGGGGUAUUGAGCAGGGCUUAUGGAGUUUCAACACAAACACUAUUUCGGAGUUUAUUGACAAGACUAGCAGUAUGACCCUCAAGGGGCUGGAAAGCAAAGUGCAGUGCCCAAUAUUGGUGGGACUUGCGGAGGAGGAUAUGUUCUUCAAGGGUCAGCCGGAGCGGGUUAUGGAGGCGCUUGGAGAGAGGGCGGCAUUGAUGAAGUUAUCAGCCAAGGAUGCUGCGGGUGAGCAUUGCCAUGUUGGGGCGUUAAAGAUGAUGAAUGGGGUUGCGAUGAAUUGGUUCCAGGAUGUGAUAUUGAAGAAAUGA